AUGUCCAUCGCAAAUCUCAACAGACCAGCGGACGCCUUCGAACAACUUGAAACCGAAGACGGUGUCCGACAAGGAGUUUGCCACAUCCGUAUUCAACAGCGUACUGGUAGAAAGACUAUCACCACUGUUCAAGGAAUCGGAACCGAGUACGACCUCAAGAGAAUCGUCCAGUACUUGAAGAAGGUGAGCAUUCGUUUAUUGUGA